UACGGUCAUGUGAGGCGAGGGGGCGGCCUGGUGCUGGCAGUUGGCUCUCAGACAGUGGCGGGGACGCACGUGCACGGCUCCGCUCCCUCCAGCACUCUCCCGCGCGCCUAGUGUGGCCACGCACCGUUGUUGCAAACUUCCUUGCGGAAACUAAGGUUGCAGUGAAUUAUAUAUAUUUUAAGUGACAUGAAAUAGAAGGUGACUGUAUUGUCGGUAAAUGGUUAUGGAUAUUGCAGCGGGACGUACUGUGGAUACUGCAACACGUGUUAUGGAUAGUGCAAUAGCAGAUGCUAUGGAUAUUGCAACGGAAGGUGUUAUGGAUAAGAUAAUGUAAUUGGCGUCAUCUCCCUGUCUGGACGUCGACACGUUGAUAAGUCCGUUCCUUCAAGAUAACUCAGAAGAUUGAGGGCUUCUGGAUUUGUCGACGCGUGAGAUCCUGGAGUUACCCACGCCCCUUCCCAUCCAACCACGCCCUCUACCACCAACGGGUUGGUUUCCCCGUGCCACGCCCACACCACCCACGCCCCGUGUAACUAUCUAACCCCCCCUUAUCCACCCGUUGCGUAACGCACGCCACCAUCCACGCCCUCCUGUGCCCGCGCCGCCCCGCCUGGAGCCAGGCCCACACGCCCUGUGCCCCUUGGGAGACGGCCGUGACGGAGACGUCCUCGGCGCCUUAGUGACGAACGUCUCCAUUCUCUGCCUCUCUCCCUUCCUCACCUCACCACCGCUGGGGAAGAAAAUCCUCACUAACACUGAGGCAUGAUAGCCUGUAUGAGGGAAACUCCCCUCCCACUGUAGGUAAAUAAGUGAAGCACCCGAGGGUAGAGGAAGUAACAGGUAUGGAAGAAACACAUUGACAACAUUGUUGUAUGUGAAGCUGGUGACAGAUGUUGUUCUAGGAGACUCUGAAGGGACUCGUCAGUACCUCUGAGGGCACUCGAGUAGUGUCGUCCAAAUUUGUGGAAAAAGACGACUAUGGUCAGUGGUCAACAUUGCGAAAGUUGCCUCGUGACUGUGAACGGUGAAAUGUCAUUAUUUAUAGUUUAAACGGUGUAGUUUUGAGUGUCGGUGCUGGCCGAGUAUUGCGAGGUGGCCUAGCUGGGAAAAUUAUAGACAAAGUGUUGCAAUAGUCCACGUGUGAGGAAUAUUGGGCGAGUGUGUAGCUGUGACUAGUGUUGUGUUGCUAUGGUUGUGUGGAGGAAGCCUUGACGGAGAGGCAGGAAGAGCGCCAGGAUGGCAGGCGGGUCAUUCACGUGCGAGGUGGUGUACCACGGGCGGCGGGCCGUGAUCGGGGCACAGUCCUCCGCCACACUUACCGCCCUUGUUGACCACCUCCUCCCUCCGCUACCGUCCGCCCAUCACGCCCACACCACCCAUAACUAUGCUAAGGGAGGAAGCGAGCGGCGGCAGCUGGUGUGUGACGAGGAGCACAUAUGGAUGACACCCAUCAGGAAGGAUGAGGGCUUCGAGUCUGACACAGAGUCAUCCGGCAGCGCCUGCGACGACCCAUGCUGCGGCGCCCAGGACAUCAAGGUGAUCAGUGACCACGUGCUGCGGUUGGACCAUCUGCUACAAGAGGGCCGGGGAGGGUCUGACGCAGGGUUCGAACCCCCGCCCGACGAGACCCCGCCCCCUGACGAGACGUCAUCCUCAGCCACCAGCAGCGGCGCCGAGAGCGAGGACGACUCCCCGAGGUCGACCUCCGCCCAUCAGCCUCGCCCUGCCCACCAGGUGGAGGAGGGUGGAAGCGGGUGUGUGGGUGAGCAGCUACUGAUGAGUGACAUAUUGUACUGUCAUGUGUCGUCAGCCAGACCCAGGGUGGUGGUGGUGGUGGUGAAGGACGCCGGCGACACCCAGGUCCACGCUCAUGUCUUCCAGUGCCCCACUGACGACACUGCCCGUACCCUCUAUGCCCACUACAAGGAGGCCAGCAAUAAGUACAAGCUAAACAGGUACAGGAAUAGCAAGAGGAAGAGUGACUCGCCUCGGACAGAUUCAGCACCCAGCAGCGGCACCGUGGUCAGCAGCAGAACACCCAGCAGCAGCAGAGUGUACAGCAGCAGCAGUCUGGGCCCCACGGCUGGCACCACCGACAAUGUUAAGAUCAUUCAGGUUGGUGAAGGGCAAGAGCCAUGGGGCCUCGUCCAGCGUACAGAUGACAACGGUGUCACCCACAUUGAGAUCGACAGCGGCCCGGGCAGCUUGGUGAGCAAUGCUCCUGACAGCUUGGUGAGCACGACCUCCAGCAGCCUAGUCAGCACCAGCUCUGAUGCCUCAGAGUUGACCAGCCUACCUGAUGCCUCAUACCACCUGCCCUCCCACAGUGGCAGCAGCAGCCUGGGGACCAGUGGGCGCGAGGUGCUGGUGGCAGGAGAGGCGGAGAAGAAGUUCCGGCAGAGGCAGCCAGCACUGCUGCUGCGUCACGACGCCUCCCACAGGUCAGCGGAGAGGACGCACCAGGGCUCCCUCAGGCGACACGACGACACCCCCAGGUGGCACGAGACCACCCACAAGUGGUAUGACGACACCCCCAAGUGGCACGACGGCACUCCCAGUUGGCAAGAAGACACUCCAAGGUGGCAAGACAACACUCACAAGUGGUAUGAUGACUCCCACAGGAGGAACGACACCAGGAGAGACGACCUGUGGAGAGAGAAGCGGCAGCAUGACACGAGGGGUCAGGAGGGCGCGGGGCGGAGCCAGUGGGCGUGGCACCAGGGCGAGGGCGGCACUGUGCCCGUCGAGCCUGCCAUGCCUCGCCCGGUGACAGAGAGGAAGUCGAGGCCCCGUGACCAGUCCCGCGGGCGGCCGCGCCACGCCCACAAGGGCCCUGCACCCCUUCCCCCGCCCAGACGACACCCAGACAACCCUGCCCUCAUCCUCGUCCCCACCAAGAGUGGCGCUGAGAACGCGCGGGCAUUUUACCCCAAAGAAUCUCAUAUUGUCCGGGGUAGUAAAGUAGUUCAGGUAGAGGUACCUGGGUACGGGGGCGGGUGGGUGGCGGCCCACGACACUAACAACUCCCACCAGUACACGUACUAUGGAAGUGGGGGAGCGUGGGUGGGCUCCCACGAGUACCAUGCUCACAGGACCAGAGAGUCCACACUAACCCCAGAGAUGAGGCGACGCUCACGCUCCAAGAGUCCCGCGCGCAGGCCCAUGGCGCAUCGUUAUAUCGACGCUGUCACCACCUUCAGUCUCUCCCAGAAACUGCGUGACCUCUCUGACGCCGUCUUCACAGCCAAGCGCAGCGGUGCCGGCAGCUGUGUAGGAGAGGUCAAAGGUCACCAGAGGUUGUUGUCAGCCGCGGGUGCUGAUAACGACGGAACACUCAGACCCGUCAUUAAGAAAGGUCGUCGGCCAGAAUGCUCACCACAGUGCCGACGGGUCACUUUCAGUGCAUAUGCCACCGUGCAGGUCAUGGACGCGUGACCCCCGCCCUCCACACGCCCACGCCCUGGACACACAAGGCUCCCCCCCCCCCCCACACUGCUCAACACUCAUCCUGCAGGACGUUUCUGCAGCUUCUGCCUCCGAGUCUUACCUCCGUGUAGUGGGUCACAAAAUACCAUAAUGAACAUAUACGAGUCCUGGGCGUCCAUAUGCUCACCUGGGGACAUUGGCUCACAUGGAGUGCCACAACAAACAGUUCAGUGCAGUGUACUUCAUGGGAAGCCAGAACUUGGAAACUAAUGCUCAAAAACAUUGUUGUGGUGAGCGCGGCGGGACUCUAAAGUGUCUUUUUGUAACCGGGACACAUUGGUCGAGUGAUGAGAGCGCCCUGAAGUGCAUAUCAUUACGUUCCAUGCGUCGUCCACUACACGAGCGCAGUAGUGUACUGUCACCACUACUGCGCUGUCCCGUCGUCACCAUCACCACUGUACACAGCCUCCCCACUAUACCUCUCACCAUAUAUAUUACCAUUAUUAUAUAUAUAAGUUUACUGUUGUUCAGGGGUUAUGUAUUAUUAUGUACAUAUAGUCUUCAGAAUCUAUCACCUUCAAAAUAUUACUCGGUAAUCAAUAUAUAUAUGAACGAUGUAUUACCAAAUUCUAAGUCAACCUUCCUGUAGAGCUAAGUGUAGUCAAUCCUGCCCCAGGAGCAGUCAAUACAUUUCUAACCACAAACGUCGCAGAUUUUCACUGUUCCUGAAUUGGGUGGGUGAAGGGUGGCACCCUGGCGUCCUUGUCUGCCUCUCUGAGUGAGAGAAAACAGGAUGUUGAGAACCAAGAAUAUGUAAAGAGACUUGAGGAAGUGUUGCCAGCAUGUAACCACAGAGUGCGCCGCAGGCCGCGUCACCUGGUGUUGUGACCACCGCCGCUCUCGCUACACUUUCCUAGACUCGGGCUCCACCGUGACAAGCCGCCGUCUGGACACCUGCUCCGCCUGGGGCCGCCGGAACGCGUGACGCCAUUUUACCCAUUAGUCUCGAUACUGCCGUCAGGCACUGCUCUUCAAGAGGCCAGGUUGAUACGCCUGGUGCACCUGUCGCCUGGGGUCGCAAGCAAGUUGAUAGAUUUUUCCGGGUGGUUCUUGGGGCAAGAAGAGUUGCCUGGUGUGCCUCGGGGCUCUGUGGCAGUCUGUCUUUUCCUCCAUUGGAGGUCUGCAAGAUUUUUUUCCUCGAUUAGACCUGUGUUCAGGAGAGACCAUCGCGUUUCUCCCGCAACUGUGUUUGACUGUGUUGAGCGAGUGUCGGCGCUCGUCUGCCCAAUGCACUCCUGGACUCCCUAAACAUUUGCCUUAAUGUGCUUACCUGCCGCAAAACACAUUAAAUUCCCUCUACAGGCGACGUGGGUGUGGCCGCAGGCUUGGCGUUUUACCAUACAAGGGAAUGCCGGGGCAUCCGGCACAACUGGCAUCAUGGCUCUUAAACCUAAGUAACCAAACAACCGUUCUUCUGCACCCCCCCCCCCCUCCCCCCCUCUCCACAACGUCCAGCUGGCAACUCCACGACAACACUUCUCACCUAAUACACCAGGCUGGCAGGUGGGCUUCCAUGCCGGUCGUGGGACCUCAACUGUUGGCCUGCAAGUGGGUGGAGCCUCUUACGUCUCUUCUUCAGGUGGUUGGAGCCGCAUACACUUGGCCUGUAGGUGGGAGGAACGGCAUCUGCAUUUGAGAGUGAUAAGGUCACCUGUGUUGACGUCUCAUCUCUUACCUCAUGUUAGUCAGCAACAGUUACCGGUGCUUGUCAGCCAGGCGUUCUGCUGCUGACUCCCCGAGAUGACCACUUCACACCCUCAUGAUUCCCUGUGUACCCCUUAUAACACUGUCGGAAAUAUAUGCGCGCGCGUGUGCAUAUAGCUAAUUGUUCAUGUAACGUUCUUGUAAAUUAAUAUUCAAUAUAAAUAGACAUUAUAUAAUAUAUAUUUACCAUGAUGAGUCUUCAAGUGGGAGUCGUCCUUGUACAUAGUGGGGAUGAAUAAACUCGAAGUCUUGCA